AUGCUCACCAAGGCACCUGCAUCACACGGUGUGCGGCUAUCUAUCUUGACCAAGCUACAUUCCGCCAUGUCGACGCUCAAUGCCAAAUUGGCGGAAGACCAGGAGAACGGGAAUAAGUACCUGGUCUUGUCUCCUAAUGAACUCGUGACAAUGGCGCUUGAUGAAGAAGAGAAGGCUGCGAAAGAUAAUCCGAGUGUUUAUUCGAAUAUCAUUAAGUUGCGGAUCGUUAGGCUGUCGAAGAUGAGCAAGGAGGACUGGGCGAAUGAGGUCAAGGACCAUUUGAAUGCUCGGUACUAUAAAUUCGAACCGAUUCAGGAGCCGCCGAAGCCAAGGGUUUUCACGACUGGCUUGAGUGCCAAGGAGGAAGUCGCCAUUGUCGGGAAACUGGUCACGCCAUUAGAAGGUCUCGAAGGAUUUGGCUACGUCACCCGGGCGCCGUCAAAGGAGGAAAUCGAAAGUGCCAGGAAGGGCGUCGAAGGGUCCAAAGGCUGGGAACAGUGUGCUCGGUGUGCUGGGCGAUUUCAGGUCUGGCCGGGUCGCCGGCCUGAUGGUUCAUUGACGAGUGGAGGGCAAUGUACCCAUCAUCCUGGGAAACCGUUGUACCCUCCAAAAUCGCAAACACAGCAUAUCACCGGACCCAAGGAGGCAUAUUACUCUUGUUGCAAUGAAUCGCUGGGCGCAUCGUCUGGCUGUACAAAAGGCGACACGCACGUUUUCAAAGUAUCAGAAACGAAACGCCUUGCAUCGAUUCUACAGUUCGAGAAGACGCCAUGGCAGCCGGAUAAGAGGGCACGGCCGCCCGUAUGCUUUGACUGCGAAAUGGGAUACACAACGCUGGGAAUGGAACUAAUCCGCCUCACAGCCGUCAGCUGGCCUGACGGUAAACCCCUACUCGACAUCCUAGUCCGACCAAUGGGUGAAGUCCUAGAUCUCAAUUCACGUUUCUCUGGCGUCUUCCCGGGACAUUACGCAAACGCCAUACCCUACGACCCAUCCACACAAACACCAGAAUUCAACGAAACCGAAAACCAACCCCUCCAAGUCGUCGACUCCCCGGCCGCUGCCCGCUCCCUCCUCUUCACCCACCUUCAACCCACAACCCCCAUAAUCGGCCAUGCAAUCGACAACGACCUCAACGCCUGCCGUAUUAUCCAUCCCACCGUCAUCGACACGGUGAUCCUCUACCCAGCCCCGCGCGGUGGUCUGCCCAACCGAAUGAGUCUGAAGACGCUGUGCAGAAAGUUUCUCGAGCGGGAGAUCCAGACGGGUGGUGAGAGGGGCCAUGAUUCGAAGGAGGAUGCGGUUGCGACGGGGGAGUUGGUGAGGGUUAAGGUUGGGGAGACGUGGAAGGUGUUGAAGUCUAAAGGGUGGAGGAUUGAUGUUGCGGGUGGGAAGCUUGUGCCGCCGGAGAGGAUGGGGGAAGGUGACGCUGCUAAGGAGAGGUCUUUGGGGGUUGGGGCUGGGGUUAAGAGGAAAGGUUUGUCGUGA